CCUGUAACUAAGUACCAGUAAGAAGCUCAGUUUUCCUUUCUUCCAUCUUCUUGUUCCAUGAUGAAGCGGUCUAAAAAAUCCGUGGCUCACGCUCAACCCUUGAAACUGACUCGCCCGUUCACCACGGUACUCUCAUUGGCGCAGAGUAUGAUGUCGGAAAAAACAUUGCAGUAUCUAUCUAUGUAUGUUCUCGAGGGUGACAACUGCUUUGAAGGCCCCUCCGAAAUCAUUGUAGUGCCUCGGCAUUGCAUGCCGAUCAGCGCCGAUAUCAAAUCUUGUCAUCACUUGUUCUCAAUUCAUCAAAAGCACGCCCAUUGGAGGCUCAACAAGUACUCUUUGCACCUUUGGUACCGUCUCAAGGAAGACAAUGCUCUUUUGACAAUAUAGUACCAUACGAGAUGAGGUUAACAGAUCCAUGAACAAUCAUUACACAGGA